AACACAUAAAACGGAACCUUUAACCUAAAACCCUAGCCAAAUUAGGUUCCUUUCACAACUCGAACAAUUCAAUCUAUCUAAUUUGGGAAAACCCUGUGUUUGAAUUUCUACGGAGCAAAACAAUUUAGCUAAAGUUUUCCAAAAUCCCAGGUCGAAGAGGUGGUCUGAUUACCACAUUUAUUGAUUAGGGAUUGAGUUGGUCGCAAUUUUGUAUUUGGGGCAAAAAUGGACGACAUGGAAGACGAUGCAAGGUACCCUCCAAAGACCUACACUUUAAACUACUGCAACCCCUCUAACAACCGCCGAAAAGUUCAUAGGCGAGAGAACCCAUAUUCUCGGCUAAUCACCAAGCGCUACGAAGACGAUGAUGAAAUGGACGAGUUCGAUGAAGAAACUGAGGCAGAAGAAGACCAGGACCACCAAAAUGGGUACUUUAACAACAUUGAAAAGGAUGACGAUGAUGAUUUUGAUAGGCAUCCAAAGAAGAGGAAGCUGAAGAAUUUGAUUUCGCGAUACGAAUUCGCUCCCAGAGUGAAACCCUCUUUUGGGGAUCGAAGUUUGGGGGACGAAAAAGACUGGACCGACCAUGCGGUGUUUGUGUUGCUGGAGGUUUGGGGGGAUAGGUUUCUUCAGCUUGGGAGGAAGAGUUUGAGGUCCGAGGAUUGGCAUGAGGUGGCCGAGAAGGUCUCGGAAGAGUUAAAGAUUGAGAGAACGGUGACACAGUGUAGAAAUAUGUUGGACACCCUGAAGAGGAAGUACAAGAAAGAGAAGAAGAAAAUGGAAGAAACGGGAUUAAAUUAUAGUAAAUGGGCUUAUUUCAAGAAGAUGCAUAUGUUAAUGGCCUCGCCGCCGAGGCAGGAUUGUGGACUUGCUUGUGGUGUUGAUUCUGGUGAGUACGUUUUCAUGAAUACAAGGGUUUAUCUGGACAGGUCUAAUGGUUAUGAUGAGAUGAGGGAUAGUCCCGGAGAGUCGGAGAGUUCCGAGGGAGAGAAUGAGAAUGUUAAUGGGAAUGAUUUGGAUGGUAUUCUAUCAAGAAGGAUGAGAAGUGGAGGAAAUGGUUUUCAAGGUUCCUCGGUUAGAGUGUUGGCGGAUUCUAUUCAGAAGUUUGGUGAGGUUUAUGAGAAGAUUGAGAGUAGCAAGAGACAGCAAAUGAUGGAAUUGGAGAAGAUGAGGUUGGAUUUUCAUAAAGAGUUGGAAAUUCAGAAGAAACAGAUUCUAGAGAGGGCACAGGCGGAAAUUGCCAAAAUACACGAAGAGGAUGAUGAAGAAACUGAUCCUUCUGCUACCGAGGACCUUAGCGAAUGAUGUUAUCGGGACAUGGUUGGCAUAAUGAAUUGAUUGCACAUUUACACGAGCUGGAGAUUUAUGAUUUUGAGGAGGGUUGCAGUUCAUAAUGUUUUCAACUGUUUUGGAGAAGGGAGAGUCGUCGCUGAGCCUGAGCUCAAGAAAAGUUUUGCUAAUGGGCAGAAGUUUAAGAAUUUAUUUUUGUAACUGUGAUAAUGAUGUAUUAAUAAGCAUAAUAUCGUUUUUGACAAAUAUACGGCAAAUUCAUCUGUAAUCAUAUGCAGUUUUCUCUGCAACUUUGUUUUUGGUGAAUUCAAUGAUACAUACAUUUAUUUAA